UCUGCGUCCAUCACAAAUUCUGAUUCUUCGUCUUUUUCUUCUUCUCAAAAAGGCCUAAAUUCCGGAUUAAAUUCAAUCUUUGAACACUUGAACUCUCAGGUUCUCGUGUCCUUACUCUUGCAUUCCCACACCUGAGCAUAAUUGUACUAAAAAAAAAAAUUUGGCAUUCGCCCAAAGGUACACAUGAAUACGUAGCCCUGUCCAUUUUCGAAUCCUAGAUCCGCCACUGGAAUCUACCCUGCCUGGGAUCAACCUAUAUACGAGUGUAAGCGACUAGCCAAGGAACCAGUCUUGCUUCUUCCUUUCUUCGAGUUCUUCUUCCAAUUUCCGGCCAAUCUCUGCAAGUGUUUUCAUUCCUGGAUCCACCACUGGACAAAGCCAAUGGCUAUUAUUUGCAGCAACAUUUCCCUUAGCCGUGUAUUAACAACGCUCGUGCUUAUGACAAUCCUAGUGGCUGAGAAACGGGUGUGCAUCCGGAUCCCAGAUCAGAUCACUGAAACUACAAGGCUAGGGAUCCACCCAACGACCAGCCCGCCUUUGAAAUCAGCAGUUUUUGCUCUGGGUUGCUUUUGGAGGUCUGAAGCUGUGUUCGGGUGCUUGAAUGGGGUUCUUCAGACCACUGUUGGUUAUGCUGGAGGAUCCAAAACCAAUCCUGAGUACAGAAGUUUGGGUGAUCAUGCCGAGUGUGUGCAGGUGGUAUAUGAUGAAAGGCUAAUCAGCUUCAGGCAACUUUUGGAGGUUUUCUGGUCUAGUCAUGAUUAUAGACAAGUAUUUGGGCAAGGUCCUGAUGUGGGUAACCAAUACAGAUCUAUCGUUUUUACGAAUGGAACUGAAGAGUCUAGAUUGGCUUCUGUAAGCAAAGGGAGAGAGCAAACUAAGUCAAAGAGCAGCAUUGUCACUACUCAAAUCCAACCACUUGGAACAUUUUAUCCUGCUGAGCCUGAACAUCAGAAGUUUGAGCUGAAGCGCAGGCCAUUCCUUCUUCAACUAAUGGGAAACUUGCCUGAAGAGGAACUUGAGAGGUCACAUUUGGCAGCGAAACUGAAUAGCUAUGCCGCACAGCUUUGCCCUCCAAAUAUUCAGAAGAAGAUUGAUGUAAAGAUCAACGAGAUUAUUAAAAAAGGAUGGCCAAUUUUGAGUGACUUGUAGGUGGCCUUUGCGGUAGAGUUUUAGGUCUCGCAUUUGUACACCAUUUAUAUGCCUGGUCAAGCUGGUUUCCCGAGAACCCCUAUCUGUAGAAUAGGCAAUCCAAUUCAUCAGUGCUCUUUGCCCACUCUGGCUCGUCAUUAUGUAUGCAUCUAGAAAUCUCCGAUCACAUAAAGUACGAUGAUCAUUCAGUGUCUUCUAACUCAUAUAAAUUUAUUCAUUUUUCUCGACACUGAUUGUUGUUUCUUUUAAUGUCAUGGCUAAAUGAAUAUACUGAAGCUCUAUUGGUCUCAUUCUGUCA